CGUUUGAAGAGAUAGCCCAUAAGUGUGUGGGGGGAAGACAAUCAGAAACAUUGUUUUUUACAAAUAAGUAACACAGAUCAUAAAGCAAUAAAAGGAGAGAUUGGAGAUUUCAGGGAUUCUAUAUAUAAGAAAAGUUUAAUUAGACUAUUUCCUUAUGCAAAGUUGCUGUCUGGGCAUGCUGGGAGUUGUGGUUCUGCAGCGGUUGGGGGUUCACAGCUUGAAGACCACUGCUAUAGAGGGUGCAAAUGUAUCUGAGCCCUGGAACUCAAAUAAUGUGAAAUAUGAGAUGAUCAAAAUGGAGCCCCUGCACUAAUUACUUGGGUUCUGAGGUCUGUAAGGUCCAUAGUAAAAACAUCAGGUUCUGUCUAUAGCAGAUACUAAAUCAUGGCAGCUCAAAGAAACAAGCAGUCAUUCUGACAUGUCACAUGUGAUGUCAUAGACAGCUGGAGGCCUGACAUUCCACUGACAGCCGCCCGAGCCUUCAGUCUGUUCCAGUGCGAUUAGUGAGAAUAGUGAGAUUAGCGUCUUCUUUUUCUACUUGUCUGAAAUGGAGCUAAAAGGACUGGGGUUCGUCCCCCUCCUGUUGGCGUUUUGGUGUGCGGCCUGGCUUGCCACCAGCUACAUCAUGACGGUCGUCCUCGGCCAUGCAGCCUCGCCACUGAUGAGCAUCAGUGACGUGGGAAAUUUCUUUCCCGAAAGCAUAUUAUUCAGAAUUGGAUUCAUAGGGACGUCCAUUGGCACUUUGGUACUAACCUUUCUUAUUUAUAAGUAUAUGGUUAUGCAUACUGAAGAGUUCAGGGGUCAUCAGGUCCUGAUCCAGAGGAUCCUGCUGGCCAUUGUGUGGGCCUCUUGUUUUUCCACAGCUGUUAUGCAUGUAUUGUCCCCCGAAGAAUAUCCCAGGAUACACUUUGUCAGCACGAUAAUUUCCAUUACAUGUGAAGCCUUAUACUACCUUGGGCAGUCCAUCCAGAUGUAUAAAUUACCAGGAGCAAAAAAAGUCAUCCACCAUAGUAGAUGCACCUGCUGUGGCCUGACUUUUGUCUGUGUAGUUUUCUAUUUUGGAUAUGAAACAUUAAAGGAAUUAUUCCAUAAUGAUGAAGACUGGGACGAGAUCCGUGAAAUACCCAUCAUAAUCAUCGAGUGGGUGAUGCUUCUACUGAUCCUGAUAAACAUCGUGACCUAUUAUUCCACCAUGCAGAGGUUAUUGUUGACCGUCUCCAGAAACAGCUGCACACUCUCUCUUAGAGUAAAAAUUGAUGACUUCGGGGUGUAGACCACCACGGGGGCCAUCAAGUGGACUUCUGGGAGAGAUACUGCACAGGACACGGAAAACAUCUAAAGAAGAAUAACUGGGGGACUACAUAUGGUGCCAGUAAUCAUGACACAAUAAUAUGAGCU